AUGCCAAGUACGUGUUCGCAUUCGUGCCUUCUCAGCGCCGCCCCCACCAGCCCACCAUCGCGCCGCCCUCCGCCCACUCACGCCUGUCCACCCACCCACUCAGUGUACAGCUCGACCGGCCCAUAUUUAAUCGCCGGCCCUCGUCGUCGUCCACGCUGCAUCACCACCUCGCAUAUCGUCAAAACGGCGCCCCCAGCCCCAGCCCCCGCCGACGACGCCCCGCGCUCGUCGUCUCCUCUGCGCAUCGCCCGGCAGCUGACCACGGCCUCGGCCAUCCUCUGGGACCCCAAGUUUACAUCGCGACCGCCGCCCGCCAGCCUCAAGCCCGUCCACGCCGGCACCCUCGUGGCCCCCCAGCGCACCGACUCGUCCAUCAGCGUCCGCAGCCUCGGCGACGGCGACGGCGUGCCUCUGGUGCCCACCAUGGACAACCGACGCCACCCCAGCUCCUUCCAGCAGCUCGAGAAGCUCGGCGAGGGCACCUAUGCCACGGUGUUCAAGGGCCGCAACCGCCAGACGGGCGAGCUCGUGGCCCUCAAGGAGAUCCACCUCGACUCGGAAGAGGGCACCCCCUCGACGGCCAUCCGCGAGAUCUCCCUUAUGAAGGAGCUGCGCCAUGAGAACAUUGUCCUGCUGCACGAUGUCAUCCACACGGAGAACAAGCUCAUGCUCGUCUUUGAGUUCAUGGAUAAGGACCUGAAGCGCUACAUGGACUCGCGCGGCGACCGCGGCGCCCUCGACCCCGCCACCAUCAAGUCCUUCAUGUACCAGCUGCUCAAGGGCAUUGCCUUUUGCCACGAGGCCCGCGUCCUGCACCGCGACCUGAAGCCCCAGAACCUGCUCAUCAACAACCGCGGACAGCUGAAGCUAGCCGACUUUGGCCUUGCCCGUGCUUUUGGCAUCCCAGUUAAUACCUUCUCCAACGAGGUCGUCACCCUGUGGUACCGUGCGCCCGACGUGCUGCUUGGCAGCCGUACCUACAACACGAGCAUCGACAUCUGGUCGGCAGGCUGCAUCAUGGCUGAGAUGUAUACGGGCCGGCCCCUCUUCCCUGGAACCACUAACGAAGAUCAAGUGCAGAAGAUCUUCAGGCUAAUGGGCACACCCUCGGAGCGAUCAUGGCCGGGCAUUUCGCAAUUACCCGAAUACAAGAACAACUUCCCUGUCUACCACACCCAAGACCUGCGCCUAAUUUUACCCCAGGUCGACCAGGUUGGCCUGAAUCUGCUCAACAGCAUGCUCCAGCUCCGCCCGGAGAUGCGCAUAUCGGCCGCCAAUGCUCUUCAGCACCCCUGGUUCAAUGACCUGCCACAAAGGCAACAAGAAGUCGCCCAAAUGCAGGCUCAGGCCCACGCUCAGGCUCAGCAGGCUCAAAUGGGUGGAGGCUACCAAGUGCCUCAGAAUGCCUAUUAG